AUGGCGACCAAAGUGGCUAGCAGCACUCAGGGUAGCAACGACGCUCACGAGGGCCCCGGUGUUUCUUAUGCCAGCGUGGUUAACCCUAAGAGUGCCGGCGAGUCGCUUCAGCAAACUCCAACUGCUAAUAAAGAGUGUAAUAAAGAAAAUAUUGAUCAAUUACACUCGGCUAAAGAACGUGUCCCUCUGCAGAGUCAGCAGCCUAAUAAUAAUAAUAAUAAUAAUAAUAAUAGUAAUCAUAAUAAUAAUAAUAAUAAUAAUAAUAAUGUACAGAGAGGAGGUAGAAGUAGUCACAAAAAUAAUGGCAAGAGAUUUAAUUCUUAUUACGGGUCUAAAUAUGAAAGAAGAUAUUAUGGACAGGAUGAAAGAGAAGGUAAAGGAAGGUCUGAAAAUUAUCAAGAUAAAAAAGACCUGAGCCAGCAGCGCAAUAGAGUCAAUCAGUCUCAGGAUAGAUUGGCUAGUGCUGAUGGAACUGCUGAUGGGGAUUUUCAGACGGUAGCUCCUAAGUCUGCGAGGAGGAAGGAAAAAUUCCAGGAGAAGUUUAGGGACCAUCAUCACUUACAAAGGGAGAGACACAAGCCUGAGCGGAGUGGUAAUCCUAGAAACAGGAGUGCUGGGAGUAAAGAGAGGGUUCAUAAGGAAAAAGAACGUAGUGGAGAACAUACUGCGGUGAAGGAGGUCAAGGAGUUUAAGGAGGAUAAAGAGGAGGUUGAGAGUGGUGAGGCCCAGCCGGUUAAGUAUGUUGCUGCGCCGCUGCCUGCUGUUAAUCCCUGGACCAAGAGUUCUUUAGCUGCUCCACCGGCUGUUUCUAGUCCAGCUAAUCCUGUUAGUACGCCAGUUAGUCUUCCGGUUCAGGUUCAAAAGGAGCAGACUCCUGUGCAGGUUCAGAGGGAGAAGAGGGUCUUGCAGCCGCAACAGCAGGGAAAAAUAGAAAAUGCAAGUAGUCAGCCGACAAUUGUCAAAGCGCCGAGAGACAGAAGAAAAUUCAAUCAGAAGGCGAGUGAUUUUACGGAUAUUGGCGAUUGGCCGUCGCUGGGAGCUCAAGGCGAAAAAAAGGCACCAGUACCAGUCUCCAAGCAGAAUGGCGGCCUCGUGAAGCCGCAGCCUCCUCAGCAGCAAGUUACCCAGCCAAGGAGCGACUCUAAAGCACGUGGAUCUGUCAGUGAAGAAAAAGGAAAAGAAAAUAAAAUGGCUAAUCAUUAUCAGGAAGAUAGCGAUGAACAUUUUGACUCUGACAAAAAUAGGAAGAAAGUGAGUAAACACAAAUGGGUGCCAUUAGAAAUUGAUAUUGCGAAAAACAGAGGAAAAAGAGAACGUUCACCAAAACAUCAAAGGGAAAACAGUCAUAGAGAAAGCAAUCAUAGUCAUAGGGAAAAAAAUGACGAAUUUAAUGAAGAGAGUCACAGAGAAAGAGAUUACGAGAGGUCCAGUCACCACGGGUACAGAAGUGCACGCGGUGGAUCUAGAAGUUACCGAGGACGAGGCAGAGGUCGUCACAGUGGACGAGGAGACGGUCAUCUUAUGAUUGCACAACCAGAUAUGUGUUCACUAAUUACGCCUCUUGCGUCAGAAUUUUGUCCAGCAGCCACACCUCUUUCUAUAAUACCAACACCGCCAAUGCCUCGUGUUAUUCAACCGGUACCGAGACUGAGCGAGUCUGAAAGUAUCUCAUCGUCGUCUGGUGAAACUUUGAACCCCUGUGUCCCGGAAUUUGUACCAAUCAUAGCAGUUGACAAUAACAAAGCUAUGGUUAACAAUUUAUCUGAGAGCGCACAAGCAAAUUCUGCUGAGCCAGAGACAGAGACUAAGUUACCGCUGAAUAAAAAUGACACACAGACACCUCAGGUCAACGGAGAUGUUGAACCCUCGGACAAUGAUGUUUGGAAAGAAGUUAAGAGAAGAGUCAAGCAGCCGCCUAAAGAUAAGCUUGCUGAGAAAAAUGUUAAAGAUCACAAGGAAGAAGAGCGGGAAGAGUUGGAUUUUCAGUUUGAUGAAGAAUUAGACACUCCUCCGCCUACCGGUCGACAUAAUGCAUUUUCUGAAUUGUCGGAAGAUGAUGAAGAUUAUGAACUCUCUGAUCGAGACAUAAAUAAAUUGCUGAUUGUAACACAAACUGCAAAUAUACCAUCUAGACUUCCAAAACACGACGGUCAUGAUCGUACCGGUGAUUGGACGACACGCGUUAAGAUGAGCCAAGAUUUAGAGCAAACUAUUAACGACGGAUUGUAUUAUUAUGAAGAAGAUUUAUGGACUGAGGAUGGACAAAGAUACGGAUCUUCGUCAUCUAUUGGGAGUUAUAAGACAGUAAACCUGGUGAGUCAAGAAGCAUUUGAAAAGAUGGCACCGAAAGCUCCGCGCAAAGCCAACCCCGAAGUACCACCACCUCCACCUCCACUAUUUGCCUCAGACCCAGACUUGUCUCGGUCACUUCCUAACCAGUUGUCGAAUUUGGAUGACAAACGUGAUCGCAGAGGUCGUAGAACUGAAAGAUUCCGUGGAUCAAGUCGUGGUAGACGAGGUACUGCUCACAGAUUUUACGCUGUUGUUAAAGAUGAAACUCCAAUUGAUCCUAGAACUCCACGGAAACGUAAAACACGCCAUAGUAAUAAUCCACCUGUUGAACAUCAUGUUGGAUGGAUUAUGGAUGUUAGAGAGCAUCGGCCUAGAACUUAUUCUACUGGAAGUAGUACCGGUACAAGUCCAAUUGAAGGUUUUCUUGCUAGUAGUUGUGGAAGCCAACCUUCAUCACUGCCAGCCUUCCAACAUCCAAGUCAUUCAAUGCUUAAAGACAAUGGUUUUACCCAACAAGUUUACCAUAAAUACCAUUCACGGUGUUUGAAAGAGCGAUCAAAAUUGGGAAUUGGUCAGUCUCAAGAGAUGAACACACUUUUCCGUUUCUGGUCAUUCUUUUUGCGUGAAAAUUUCAACCGCAAAAUGUAUGAAGAGUUCAGAAGUAUCGCCAAGGAAGACGCAGUCGAGGGCUAUCGCUAUGGCCUCGAAUGCUUGUUCCGAUUCUACAGUUAUGGUCUUGAGAAAAAAUUCCGACCACAUCUUUACAAAGAUUUCCAGACUGAAACUAUGGCUGAUUAUGAAAAUGGUCAAUUAUAUGGAAUAGAAAAAUUCUGGGCAUUUAUGAAGUACUACAAGCACGCUAAAGAAUUAUGCGUAGAGCCAAAAUUACAAGAAUAUUUAUCAAAGUUUAAGAGCAUCGAAGACUUCCGCGUUGUUGAAGUAGGCGCAGAUUGA